AUGCAGCUCCCGAAGCUCCCGGGAGCACCACUGCCAACGGACGCGAAUUACCCUCGACUUUCGCCAUACCACCGAUACCAGCCACCCUCAGCCCGCAGAACGCACCUCACCGGGCGAGGCGGCGAGCCGCGGUGGCGCGGCACUAGUGGUUCGGCCAGCCAAGUCACCAGUGACACCUCCAUGCAGCCCCCAAAGCUCCCUGGAGCGCCAUUGCCAACGGACGCGAAUUACCCUCGACUUUCGCCAUACCACCGAUACCAGCCACCCUCAGCCCGCAGAACGCAUCUCACCGGGCGAGGCGGCGAGCCGCGGUGGCGCGGCACGGGAGGUCAAGCGCUGUCGCGCUUCCCCAACUAUGCCGUCGCCCGGCUCGCAUCGACCGUCGCCGCCAAGGCCGCCACCAAGCUCGCCAUACUGCUGAUCCUUACUCUGGCCGGCGCUAUGCUCGCCGUGCUGCUGUCGCCCAUGCCGGCCGCCGCCAUGCUCGUCGUGCUACGCUCGCUGUGGCGCCGCCGCCAUGCUCGUCAUGCUGCUCUCGCUGUCCCCGCUACCGCUACGCUCGCCGUGACGCUGUGGCCGGGCUCGCCGAUAUGCUGGCCGACGGUCGCCCACGCCGCUGAUAUCGUCCAGGAGCGCAACUGGUCCGGCCAAGAUUUCAAAGCCCGACAAAUCGUUGACGACUACCGGGCGUAUUGGGAGCACUGCCGCGCGUAUAUGCAGUACCCGCCUCGGCUCUUCGUGAUCAUGAGAGGCCUCCCAGGCAGUGGCAAUACAACGUUUGCUCAAGAGGUCGCUCGUUAUGCAGCAACGGUUGAUUUCCGCGCAUCGAUUUGCUCAGCUGACCUCUUCUUCCAGCGCGGAGGAUCCUAUGUGUUCGACGCGAGUCGGCUUUGGGAGGCGCAUCGAAGCUGCUACGAACAAUGCAGAGAACUCCUGUGGCGCAGCCCCGACCGUGGCGUGGAUAUCGUUAUCGUCGACAACUGCAACCUUCGGAUGGAUGAUUUUGAGCGCUAUAAGGAUCUGCACAUUCCCUCGGACAAGCUUACGUUUGCUGCACACAACGCACCGGAGGAGCCGCGCCCCGACAACGAGGUGGACACCGUCGAUGAGCUGCACAUCGAUAACGAGCUGACCACCGUCAAUAUACCGCGCGCCUACAUCAUCACGCUGGAAGAGUUUAUACGUGAUCGCUAA